UUCCGUGGCCUCAGCACGGGUUCGCCCCUUCAGCCGAUGCAUCCGCGUGAACGACUUUGGAGCGACUUUCAUAUCGUGCCUUUUCGUUCCGACCAGUUCUCUGAAGCCACUUCGUGUCUGAGACCUCGCUUGAGUGUCUACCAUACUCCAGAAUGGUGUCCACAGCUGCGGUCGAGUUUAUGGCGGUUUCGUGUCGGGACGUGACGAGCUUGAACCUGACUGACAAGUGUGAGUUUGUUCGUUCUGAACCAUCAUGUGCACCCAACAUGGGCUUCGUCAACUACAUGGAGGUGAUCUACUGCCUCCUGGGCCCGCAGCACUACGUGGAAUCUCUCGUGCUCACGGUGGCCUGGCUACUCGUGUUGUUCGUCGGCCUCGGCGUUACGUCAGGUGACUUCCUGACUCCAGCGUUGUUUGUCAUCUCAAAGACGCUACACAUGUCCCAAAACAUGGCAGGCGUCACACUCCUGGCAUUCGGGAAUGGUUCUCCAGACAUCUUCGCUGCCCUAGCAGGAGUGAGACAAGGAUCAUACGAGCUUGUCAUUGGAGGCCUUAUUGGUGGCGGGAUAUUUGUCACCACAGUUGUAGCCGGGUCGGUGUUUCUCGCCAAGCCUUUCAAGCUGGCAGCUCGACCCUUCACCAGGGACUGCGUGUUCUACUUCUCCGCCGCGGCAUGGGCCUUCUACUUGUUUUACACGGGAGAGAUCACCAUGAUGCAUGCUAUAGGUUUCAUCUGCCUCUACUGCGUGUACAUUACUGUGGUCAUCGUGAGUGGCAUAGUUUACCAGAGGUACCUGGCUAAGGAGCAGGAUCGCAAACAGCGAGACGAAGAAAAAACAUGCCACGAUGAAAAGCCUCCGAAAAACGAGGCUUGUACAGUAUCAAGUGAAGUGACGUUCAAUGGAAGACGGCACGUUUUUGAUGAUCCUGAGCGCAGCUAUGUCGUUCCAAUUGCCUUCAGAUACUUGAACACCGAACCACGAAAUGAAGUUGAAGUGGCCGAGAAAGACAACGUAGUGCCAGAUCCCAAUGAAGGGGUCUACUACAUCAACCUCGGCGCUGACUGCCUUGAAGAGGAAGUCGAUGUGGACACACUUACCAUUGUCGUCGAUAAACCAAGGCGAAGCUCAAACCUGGACAAGACUCCUUGCAUCACGCUGGAGAAGGAGGAAGAGGACUCGACUGGCCUUGUUUUAGAUGUGAUCAACAAGCUUCUCUCUGUUAACUUGGACGAGAAAGAGAAGGAACCGUUCCUGAUGUACCUCGUCAGCAUCUUUAAGAUUCCUGUGUUCUUCGCAUUGGCAAUAACGACCCCCGUGGUGGACCUCACCAAGAAGAACAACAACUGGUGCCGCCCUCUCAACGUGAUCCACUGCGUUACGGUCCCCGUGUUCCUCGUCUUUGUCUUUGGGCUGGGAAAAGUGGAGAUCGGCGGCGUGGUUCCCCUCUGGACGGUUGUUGGCGCGGCGGGUGCUCUGGUUGGAGUGGCCGUGCUGCUCACGUCCGAGAACGACAAGGCGCCCAAGUACCACUCGGCCUUUGCCUACGCCGGCUUCUUUGUCGGCGUCGUCUGGAUAUACGUGAUCUCCAUGGAAAUUGUCGUUUUGCUGCAGGCGGUUGGGAUCGUAUUUCGCAUUAGUGAUGCCAUACUUGGACUCACAAUACUCGCAUGGGGAAAUGGCCUUCUAGACUUCCUUGCCAACGUGAACAUCGCAAGGAAAGGCUACCCACGAAUGUCAAUCUCGGCCUGCUUUGGAACACCUUGCCUGACUCUUCUGCUUGGUGUUGGAAUUCCGUCCAUUAUUCAGCUAGCAGGAACAAACAACGUUCUUGUGCUCCACUACACCAAGCUGAUCACAGUGCUCUUCUCUGGCCUAGCCACCAGCCUGCUUUCUUCAAUGGCCACGAUGCUGGUGACUCGUUUCCAGAGCAGGCGCUUCUACGGCGGCGUGCUCCUGGCAAUCUACUUCACGUUCCUCGUCGCCGCGGUACUUGUGGAAUCGGGAUUGGUGUGAAGACAUAGAAGGACACACAGGUCACAUACACAACAAGAAAAAGAUUGUAAACUUUACGAGUUUACUGCUACCUUAAAGCUCUCGAUGGAGCGAAAUAUGCGUGGCGUGGGAAAGCGCGUUUCCGACACGACACUGCCACGCAUGUGUUCUUCACCCCACUUUAUCAAUCUUUGAGUGGUGGUUACCAAGAGAGCGUGGUGGUAAUUGCACUGGCUUUGGCUCGAAUAAUCAGUCGGUGAAUAAAAGCGUGUCGAGCUGUGCGGGCAUUCGCACUCCUUAGCCCGUCGCUGUUUUUUCUCGUGUUUUCAAGAGCCAGCCUUUGCAAUUGGCGGAUGGACAUGACGUCCACGCUUGUACAUGAAAACCAAUGACAUGCGAGCGAAAUAGCAGCGGUUGCUGCAAUUUUUUUUCUCUCAAGCAGCAGCCGUUAUUAACGACAAACAUCACACACCUCAUCUCACCGAAUAGACAGCACUGGGGAAGACCACACACACGAAUACAAAUUACUAUGUUUUGUACAAAGCAGAAAACCAUGACGUCUGUCUGCUUGUGUAUGGAGAAACUUGCGCAAGAGAUUAUGACUUCUCUGUGGCAUUCUGUAUAAAUUGUACCACAUUGCGCAUCGUAUACUCCUGUAUUUUAGCUUUCGAGAGAAUCAAUCAUUUGAUGUGAUCGGAUUAUUUUCUGCAAAUUUUGGCGUUUAUCUGCGGCUGGUGAUGGUCAAGCAUUUGCUUUUGGGGUGACGUUUCCACACGCGUUUUGCGGUGAAGUGUACAAAAAAAUAUUUAUUUGCAUUUCCUAAGGUCGACGUAUACACACUUGCUGUUUUUGGGCACUCUUUUGCGCCUAUAUUCAGUUUGUUGAAAAGCAUAUAUAUUUAUUUAUAGCGCAUGCGACUGGUCCUCGUGCAUCAAGGUGCCGGACGUAUAACGACUUAGAGUGGUUAGCAGGGUUUCUUGCAAGAAGACAUUGUUUUCCGGGGCUUACAUUUGUAAAGUUAACUACGGUGUUAGAUCUGAAAUGCAGUAGCGAUAUUGUUGUUGUUUAUCACUUGCGCUAGUCUGAAUCUCUCCCCGUUUUGCUGAAAGUCAUGGCGGCGUUGUGUAUACGUUUUACUUUUCACAACCCGGUUGUCUCUGUCCAGUGAAUAGACCUAAGAAUAUUUCAUCUACACGACGCCAUUUUUUUUUUCGACACAUUUAACUCCUGCGGGGAAAGCUGGCUGUGGUGACGCCUAGAUGAUGGCGAAUGAACGCUGCAACUAUGGACACAACGAACGCGAAUAUGGCGUGGGUUUGCUUCCUCUAGUGGGACCCAUGCCCUUGAGUGUUUUGAAAUCUCUGGUGUGAAUACGUGUGAACCUAAUCGCGAUGUUGCUUAUUGAGACUAUUUUACUAUGCAUUUCUUUAUUUUGUAUGAUUGUAUUGUGAGUUGGCGAUGCUUGUUUUGUACUGACCGCAAUAAAUUUUAUCUAUUGUUGCAAA